GGACGCCUCCGCCAGCCGCUCCGCCAGCUGCAGCCGCCGCCCACCCACCCGCCUGCCUGCCCGCAGCCGCCCCCCCGUAGCACCAGCCGCAACAGCAUGAGGGAGAUCGUACACAUCCAGGCGGGCCAGUGCGGCAACCAGAUCGGAGCCAAGUUCUGGGAGGUGAUCAGUGAUGAGCAUGGUAUAGACCCCAGUGGGAACUAUGUCGGUGACUCCGAACUGCAGCUGGAAAGGAUCAGCGUUUAUUACAAUGAAGCCUCUUCUCUCAAAUAUGUUCCUCGUGCUAUCCUGGUGGACCUGGAGCCUGGCACCAUGGACAGUGUUCGUUCAGGUGCUUUUGGGCACCUCUUCAGACCAGACAACUUCAUCUUUGGACAAAGUGGCGCUGGGAACAACUGGGCAAAGGGUCAUUACACAGAAGGCGCUGAGCUGGUGGAUUCCGUCUUGGAUGUAGUGCGAAAAGAGUGUGAGAACUGCGACUGUCUACAGGGCUUCCAGCUCACUCAUUCCCUGGGUGGCGGUACGGGGUCUGGCAUGGGGACUCUCCUCAUUAGCAAAGUCCGUGAAGAAUACCCAGACCGGAUCAUGAACACUUUUAGUGUGGUGCCUUCCCCCAAAGUGUCUGACACUGUGGUGGAACCCUACAAUGCUACCUUGUCCAUCCACCAGCUGGUGGAAAACACAGACGAGACCUACUGCAUUGACAAUGAAGCCCUCUAUGACAUCUGCUUCAGGACCCUCAAGCUGGCCACGCCCACCUACGGAGACCUCAACCACCUCGUUUCUGCCACCAUGAGCGGCGUCACCACCUCCCUGAGAUUCCCAGGGCAGCUUAAUGCCGACCUCCGCAAACUGGCCGUCAACAUGGUGCCCUUCCCUCGCCUCCAUUUCUUCAUGCCUGGCUUUGCUCCGCUGACGGCCCGUGGGAGCCAGCAGUACCGAGCCCUCACUGUCCCCGAGCUCACCCAGCAGAUGUUUGACGCCAAGAACAUGAUGGCCGCUUGCGACCCCCGCCAUGGCCGCUACCUCACUGUGGCCACCGUCUUCCGAGGCCGCAUGUCCAUGAAGGAGGUCGAUGAGCAGAUGCUGGCUAUCCAGAGCAAGAACAGCAGCUAUUUCGUGGAGUGGAUACCCAACAACGUCAAGGUGGCUGUGUGCGACAUCCCGCCCCGGGGCCUCAAGAUGUCCUCCACCUUCAUUGGCAACAGCACAGCCAUCCAGGAGCUCUUCAAGCGCAUCUCGGAGCAGUUCACGGCCAUGUUCCGGCGCAAGGCCUUCCUCCACUGGUACACUGGCGAGGGCAUGGAUGAGAUGGAGUUCACAGAGGCAGAGAGCAACAUGAACGACCUCGUCUCGGAGUACCAGCAGUACCAGGAUGCAACAGCUGAAGAGGAAGGAGAGAUGUAUGAAGAUGAUGAUGAUGAAUCGGAAGCCCAGGGUGCCAAGUGAAGGGCUGGGGCCACAGGCAGUGCUUGGGUUCCUCCCAGUGAGGGCCAAGCAGUGACAUGGGCCUGUCGUCCAUCGCCGUCCAUCUUUGCUACUCAUUUGCUGAGUUGUAGACAACCAGCUUCUAGUUGCUUCUGAUUCAAGGGUUCC